AAUCACAAAAAUUUGGAAAAACCAACGGUGCUGAUAAACCUAAACUCUUUUCCAAAAUUUCCAAUCCCUCAAUCUCAGUCGUCGUCUCCUUCCUCAUUUCUCAACCCUACGAUCCUUCCUCUCGCGCCCAAAAUACAAAAUUCCACGAAUCUCCUUCCCGGUUAAUGGCGGAGCAGGGAGCUCCUGGGAGCCCCGUCGGUGGCAGCCACGACAGCGGAGGCGAUCAGAGCCCGCGCUCCGGAGUCCGUGAGCAGGAUAGAUUCCUGCCGAUUGCAAAUAUCAGUAGGAUCAUGAAGAAGGGACUUCCCCCGAAUGGGAAGAUUGCUAAGGAUGCCAAGGAGACGGUGCAGGAAUGUGUUUCCGAGUUUAUUAGCUUCAUCACCAGCGAAGCAAGUGACAAGUGCCAGAGAGAGAAAAGAAAGACUAUCAAUGGGGAUGAUUUGCUGUGGGCUAUGGCAACUUUAGGAUUUGAAGACUACAUUGAUCCUCUUAAGGUGUACUUGAAUAGAUACAGAGAGAUGGAGGUGAGUUUAUUUGGUGAUACCAAGGGAUCAGCCAAAGGUACAGAUGGAUCUACAAAGAAAGAUGGAUUACAACAGCAAAUUCCAAAUUCUCAGCUUCUUCACCAGGGUUCUUUUUCACAAGGCAUGAAUUAUGGAAGUACUCAGCAACAAGCUCAGCACAUGAUGGUCCCAAUGCGGGGCAUGGAGUAGAAAUGAAUCAACUCAAAACCGUCGUGCUGUUAGAGAUGGUAUUUAUGUCCUGAUUUCUCAUGAUGUAUGCCAGAGCUGUAUUUUAUCGUAGGAGUCUGUAAAUUUCUAGCCAGACAGUUAGGUGAGGCAAGAGUGGAAGUUUUAUCAUUAUUAUCAAUUAUCAUUGUUAUUGCCACGUGUCAAAUGAAAAAUGAUGACCGUAUCUCUAUACUGGUCAAUCAUGUCUACCUUUGUACUACUCUUUGAUUUUGGGAUACACCCCAAAUUUCAUUCGGUAUAUUAGAUAUCAACGUCGAGAAUGCAGUAAUUAGGAAUUAA